AUGGAUAAGUUACAUGUAGAAUUUUUUUUGAUUAAUAAUCUCCAUUAUUUGUUGCUUCGAAGCAAGCAUCCAUCACCAUUUCCUCCGUUCUCUCUUUUCAGAACCAAACACUCAACACUUACUACACUUCAACAUCAACAUGGCGCGAAUAUUAUCAAUAAUUUUAAUGCCAAGAAAAAUACCGACCUACCAUCAUCGUCUUCUUGGGUUGUUCACGCGGUGGAGAAAGCUGCAGAGCAGUUUGAAGUAGACCCAGAAAAGGCUAAAGAAGCCCUCCAAAAGCUUGACCAGCAGCUUCAAACUCUAUCCAAUAAACAAUUCAGCACCCCUAAGAUCAGAGCUUCGGAUGUAAAGCUUACAAGGGAUGAAAUGGUAGAAGAUAGCCCAGAAGUUUCAGGGUCUUCCCUAGCAUAUUUAACCGUUGCUCUCCUUACUUUCACAAUCUUUUACAAUGUGCUGUUUUAUUCGGCGAUAAAGCCGUCCAUCGAUGGACCGGACUCGGUUCCUCAACCUAGCAUUAGCCAGACUGAGUGAGGAGGUGCAGCAGAGCAGUUUUGCUGUAGUUGUCCACUCCACUCCUUCCGCCGUUAACAGUUAACUCCACAAGUUUCUUCCCUUCCCGGUGGUGUAUCAGUUGAUGUUUGCUUAAGAGCAGUUUUCUAUACAUGUAGUUGAAAGUCGAAGCAUGUUUUAGCAAAUAUUAA